AUGCACGGCAAUCUGCACCGGAAACAAGGUAAAUCAGUCGGAGCGUCCACGACGUGGGGAAAGAGUUCCGGCUCAUCCCAGCGAUGUCGAUCCGGUCUUGACCUGUCGAAUGGAGACGUUCGUUUCCAUCGCUACCAGCUUCAGCAGCACCUGAAACGCCGGCAAUACGUCACCAAGAACGUCAGCGGCGCGGAGUACGGCCGGUGA